AUGCAGUUCAAGUGCCUCGCCCUUGUAGCCGCCGCCCUAUCAAUCCACCAGGCGCAGGCCGCCCUGACGGCAAAAGACGUGGUCGACAGCCUCUCCAACAUUACCGCUCUUUCGGCCGACACGUCAGACCUCGUAAAGGGGCUCAAUACCGAGAAUGUGGUCGCGGGUGGAUUGAAAGCGCUCCAGAGUUUCCGCCAGAUUGUCAGGGAUGCUGCCAACGAGACUGCAACAAUUACAUCAGCUUCUGACAGUCCACCGUUUGUUGAGGAUGACCAAAAGGACAUUUGCGAAACCUUUACCGGCUUUGUCAAAGCCCAGCAAGACCUCCUUCAGUCGCUCGUCGAUCAAAAAGGCCUCCUGUUUCCCAUACCCAUUAGCAUGCCUCUUGCUUCCGUCUUGCGCUUUUUGGAGAGCAGUGUCGACAAACUUUUAUCACAAAUCAUCCAGCUAGUGCCGACUUGUGCGGACGAUUCUAAAAAGGAAUUAGACGGUCUUGAUGCGGCUUUUAACGAGACUCUCAAGGCAUAC